AUGGUUUACAUGCCCCUCGACGUAGUCGCUGACGACGACGUCGACUUGUUUGAAGAGGACCCACUCGAGGAUGAUCUUGAGGGCGAGGCCCACAUUGCUGCUGGUGAUCUCCUACUUCUCGCUGAUGCUCCUACGGAGGAGGCACCCAUCCAUUCACCUGUCCCAGACUCCUUUGAGUCUGUGGCAUCUGCACCUUCACAUGCGCAGGGAGUGCAGCAUCAUUCGCAUGACACGGACCCUGAUAUGGCAUCAUCCGCUGCACCUGCCCCUGCCCCUAGUUUUGAGUUUGGUCAUGACAUUGAUGACGAUUCGGAUCCUGUUUUCCCACCGGGCUUCGAUCCCGACCAUGACAUUGAGUUUAUUCAUUUAGAUCAGCCCAUGGAGGAUCCCGUAGCCCCUGUUGACCCUAUGUUUGCGGAUCCCACUGAUUUUGAUAUGGAGUUCGACGAUCCGGAGCCUGCUGAUGAUCAUGCUAUUAAUGCUCCUCAUAUCGCUGAUAUUCCUGCUGCUCCUCUUGUUGCCCCUCUUCCUGACCCAGUGCCUGUAGAGCCUGAUCAUGCACCCUUUGCGACCCAUGUUAACCCUCGAUACGCGCACACCCGAAAUGGGUGGAUAGACAAUGAUGAUGACUACCCACCUUUUGUGGUACCUGUUACACCUAUUUCAGCACCCGCUUCAGUUCCUAUUGAUGCACCAUUGUUUCCCACACUCACCACUGAUGCUCAUCGCACCGACUUGCCUAUCACAUUUCUCCAGGACAUACCCCCACCACGUCCUGGGGAGGGUUCAUCUCGUCAGCCAUUUGGUCAGAUACCUUUCAUGACUGGAGGAGAUCAGUUUGUACCACAGAUCUCUCAUCAUACUGCUGUUCCCCCUGUUGCACCAUUUACUAUGCCAUCCUUUGCUCCAUCUAGUGAGCCUUUUCUCUGGACUUCACCACCCAUUAUGCCACCAUCUGAUCCUUAUCAUCCUUAUCACAUGGGUUCUUCUGCAGAGGAUAUUCUCAGCAUGAGAUGUUAUAUGAAGAUGCCACCAAGACGCCAGACACACAUGCCUACCAACAAGGCAGAACUCCAACAGGUCAUCGCUGUCGCCAUUGCGCAGAAUGCAGCCUCACUAGGAGGAACUAGCGGGAGUAAUUCAAACAACAAUGGCAAUAACAAUCCACCUCAUGGUAAUAUUAAGUUGUUGAGACACACCACGAUACAUUUGGAUAUCUCUAGCGAGUUUGCUAAUGCCAUUCGUAUAUUGUAA